GCGUGAGCUCUUGGAAGGACGCGCCGCUGUGACCCGCGAAGCUGCGCGGAGCGGGCGGGCCGGUGCGCCUGACUCCAUGUGGGCGCCGGCGCGGCAGGGAGCAGCUGGGGUCGCCAUGGCGGAGCUGCAGCAGCUCCGGGUGCAGGAGGCAGUGGACUCCAUGGUGAAGAAUCUGGAGAGAGAGAACAUCCGGAAGAUGCAGGGCCUCAUGUUCCGGUGCAGUGCUGGCUGCUGUGAGGACAGCCAGGCAUCCAUGCAGCAGGUGCAUCAGUGCAUCGAGCGCUGCCAUGCACCUCUGGCUCAAGCCCAGGCCCUGGUCACCAGUGAGUUGGAGAAGUUCCAGGACCGCCUGGCCCGGUGCACUUUGCACUGCAACGACAAAGCCAAAGAUUCAAUAGACGCAGGGAGUAAGGAGCUCCAGGUGAAGCGGCAGCUGGAGUGUUGUGUGACCAAGUGUGUGGAUGACCACAUGAACCUCAUCCCAACCAUGACCAAGAAGAUGAAGGAAUCACUCUCGUCCAUGGGGAAAUAGAAGUCUGCUGUUGGCCACUGGGGCAGAGGGCAGGAAUCUAUUUAAAAAGAGGAAUGGGGGUUUUGGGUCUUUUAAGCAAAGUUUAUGAAUGAAGAAAAUUAUGGAUGGCAGCAAGUUUAAGGCCUCUGUCACUUGCCUCUGGAUAUUGGUUCCUUUGUGUUUCAGUCCUAGAAAGUGAAAUGGAAAAGAAACUGGUGCUAAAAUUUGGGUCAGGGUUUGCAUGAGAGAGUUUCUGAGAGCCUCAGUUUCAUGUGGCCAGUGCUUAUCCUGGCAGUGGGGAGCCUCCCUUGUAGCAAACCAGAGCCCUCCGAGGUACCAGAUUCUCUUGGUACCCAGGUACCAACAGGCUGGCAGUUUCCUCUAACCUGCCUGUGGUCCAGUGGAGUGUGAGAGGUGUUUCUGUUUAUUGCCAGCCAACCUCCUGUUUACCAGAAGGAUCAAAACACAUUGAUCCAACACGCCAUUUUCCACAGACUAUAGUAAAACAAGAUUCGCAAGGUCACCAGUUUAGGAGGUGGAAGGGGGCUUCCAGGGUUUUGUUUUGCUUGGUUUUCUUUUAUACACAAGGGCAUGAAGUUAGCUUAAGACGUGGAGUUGGGCGGUAGUUUGGAUAAGAACUUUGAAAGGGUCCUUGUGAGUAUUCAUUUCUGACCAUUGAGAUGUAGAUGUGCCUUAUUUAAAAUGCUCACACAUUUACAUCUUUCAGCCUGAAGACCCUGCAAAAAUAUGAGAGGUGAUGUCACACUGGUAUGGGAAGCAAAUCUUCCCUUUCACGGGUAGCCACCAUGGGCCCUAAGGCUUUAGCAGAGGGACAGAACAAUCUUACGAUGACACUCACCCUUGAAGGGGAUCUUGAUUGUGCUGUAUACUAGGACUUAGGCGUGAACAGUGAAAGAGAAACUUUUAUCUUCUUAAUUAAGAGAGUUGUGAAGUACUGGAUUUGGAAAAAUCUGGUUUUCAUAAAACAGAAUGAAAGCCUAAACCCAGUAUUGCUUACUUUGCCACCUGAAAUAACAAGGCUCUAUUGAGACAAUCCCUUGGCAACAUGAAGGUCAAGGGAGAAAAAGUAAGCAACUCAGGGGUCAGCUGUGACUUCUUGGAAAAGAGGGACAGCCCCUCAUUACCAAAUAUCAAUUUUGUCAGGGCCUUUGUUUCCUGCCCCAGUUCUGGCACCUUAUUGUUUUGAUAAGGACCUUGUUGUCUUUUUACCAACUUAUUACUUGAAAUGAUAAUAUAGCCUGUCUGUUCGCUGUUUCAAGACCGUGAUAUAUUUUCCUAGUGGUUUGGUUUUAAAAAUAAAUAAGGUUUAAUUUUUUCUUCCA